CAAUUUGAAAUUCCUCGAUUCUCAAAUCCAAAGCUUCACAGGCUGUUCCUGAUCCGAACCCCCCCGACCCCCCCCCCCCUGCUCCGGCCGGUAUCAAUAAACACCCUAAAAAGCCGUUGAACUUGGCGAGAUCUCUUGGCCCAACAUGGCUGCCGCUGCUAAGCCCCCGGCUAAGCCGCUAGCUGGCGCCGCCGACAGCACGCCACCGGGCGGGAAGGAUGGCUCGAGCCUCGGCGCGGAUGUGGUCGAGAAACAGGACGAGCCCGAUCCAGCGUCGGCCUCGGAGCUCGAGGACACGGUCCCCGGCGCCAUCAACGAGGGGUCGCUGCUGCGCAAGCUGGACCGGAGACUGCUGCCGGCCGUCGGCAUUCUGUAUCUGCUGUCCUUCCUCGACCGCAGCAAUGUCGGCAACGCCAAGCUCGAGAACCUGACCGUCGACCUGAAGAUGACGGGCAACGAGUACCUGACCGGCCUGACGCUGUACUUUAUCGGCUACGUCAUCUUCGAGGUGCCCUGCAACAUCAUUCUUAAGCGGACGACGCCCAGGUUCUGGCUCCCGACCCUGACCAUCCUCUGGGGCGUUGUGGCCACCCUGCUGGGCGUUGUCGAGAACAAAGCGGGCUUCUUCGCCGCCCGCUUUUUUCUAGGUGUCACCGAGUCUGGCCUUUUCCCCGGUGUCGUGUACUAUUUCUCCAUGUGGUACAAGCGCCGGGAGAGGCAGUUCCGCGUCUCGCUGUUCUUCAGCGCUGCGGCACUCGCCGGCUCUUUUGGUGGCAUUCUAGCUUUUGGAAUCGGUCACAUGAGACACGUUCCCGAAUCGUGGGCUAACGGAUGGCAUUGGAUUUUCAUCCUUGAGGGACUUGCCACCAUCUUGGUCGCCAUCGCGGCGUACUGGUUUGUUUACAACUAUCCAGACACGGCAGAGUUUCUCUCGGAAAAGGAGCGCAGCUACAUCCGUGACCGGCUUGCCGCGGACAGCGAUGCCACCCACGACGAAAGCUUCACCUGGGACAAUGUUCUCGGAGCCUUGAAAGAUCCAAAGUGCUGGCUCUACGGGUUGAGCUUCCAUACCAUGAGCCUGCCGCUGUAUACUUACUCGCUGUUCCUGCCGACAAUCAUCGCGGCUCUCGGGUACACGGCCGCGAAUGCCCAGCUCCUGACCAUUCCGCCCUAUGCAUUUGCCUUCGUCACGACAAUCACGGUGGCGACAGUCUCGGAGCGUCUCCACCAGCGGGCCAUCUUCAUCAUCGGCUCGGCGCUGUUUGCCGCGAUCGGGUACAUCAUCCUGCUCAGCAACACGGAUCCGACCCACCGCCCGGGUGUCUCUUACCUCGGCACCUUCUUCGCCGCCGGUGGAAUCUACCCGGCGACGGCGCUGUCGUUGUCGUGGCCAGCCAUCAACGUCUCGGGCCAGACCAAGCGGGCCGUUGCCAACGCCAUGCAGAUUAGCAUUGGAAAUCUCGGCGCCGUGCUCGGCACACAGCUGUACCGCGCGUUCGACGGGCCCCGCUAUAUUGUUGGCCACAGUUUUGCUUUGGGCUAUCUUCUCGGCAAUGUGGCAGUCUCGACGCUGCUCUACUUCCUGUUGAAGCGGGAGAACAAGCGGCGGGACACCAUCACACCCGAGGUCCAGGAGGUCGGGGACUUGGUUGACUGGGAUGGCGACGACGACCCAAGGUGGAGAUUCCAAUAUUGAUUGAUCAGGGCAGAUGAGUUGGAAAGGGGGGCGGGGUCUGACUGUUUUUUUCUUGUUGAUAAUGUUGCCUAUCUUGGCAUGGCAUUGGCAUCAUCUU